ACAUUUCUUUCUCAUUUUCUCUUUCUCACUAUCACUACCAUCCCCACUUUCAUUUGCUCUCCUUCUCAUAUUUUAAUCAAAAUGAGCUCGGGUCUAAUGUAUGAAAUCGUGGAAGAGUAUUUGAUAAAAUGGGCUGAGAGUCUUUUGCUAAAAAAAAGUGGAGCCUGACGAUGGAAGUGAUGAUACAUCCUAUUCCUCUGGCGAAGAAGAAGGAGACGAUUCAGAUCCCCAAUCUUCUGACGACGAAACGGAGGCUGGCUCCUUCUCCGACGAAGCUGAAAAUUGACGAACCCUAGAAAAUCUGAAAUCCCCAAUCCCAGAGCCCAAAUUCGAUCCGAAAUCGGCCUCGAGAGAUAACGAAUUGGAAUCCGACGCCGAUUCGAAACGAAUCCCUUCCAAUUACACGAUGCAGCCGAUCCGCGAAGCCUCGGUAUCCUCAUCGAAGCGCAAUCGCAACGAGAUUGAUGGGGAUUUGUCGAGGAGAUGUCAGAGAUCGAGAAUUGAAGAGAAGAAAUCUGUUUCCACGCCGCCUGGAGGGGGUAGGUUGGGCUGUACUACGGCCGAUCCACGAGCCCCAGCUUCGAUGAACGAAAACCAGAUCCUCGCGGUCGUUGGAGCUAAGGACGUUGUUCCUCACCAUUAUGCACCUCUCCGUUUGCCAGGACCCGCAAGAGAGAGAAAUCCUCCAGGGACUCGCCAACCAGCUCCGCCGCCAAGUGGGAAUCUGAUUCAUACAUUAGCAAUGAGUCCAAUAAAGGAAUUGCUGAAACAAGAGACAUGGCAUCAUCUCCCAUAAGCUGGAAGGAUAUACUCCUUGGACAACUUUGCAGACAGAACAAAGGAAAGAAUGAAGAGCGCGUGGCAUGUGGUCCAUGAGAUAUUUCUAUUGGUUGCACUAGCUGUAGUUUGUUAGGCUUCCUUAUCUAUUUGUGCUUGUAGUUAUAUAUAGAGCACAGUUGAAAACCAUCAUCUUCAUGAUUCCAGAUUUUGAAUUAUCAAUACAUUGCAAUUCCAUUUUA